AUGAUCCACACCAUACAUAAACACCAUCUGGCACACCUACGUGGCGGUGCGUCAGACAUAUUGUCACAUUUGAGUAUUACCCGGGUGAAGCCCUCCCUCUCCACUCCUUCACCCCUUUUAUACUCACUGCCGUUCCAGCAGAACCCAUCUCAACCUCAUGGGUCUCAUGGAAGAGCCACAUGGUUCGCAUCGCAUGGGUCGCAUCACAUACCCCAUCUCAUCUCAUAUCUCCCACUCAUCUCAUAUCUCCCACUCAUCUCAUAUCUCCCACUCAUCUCAUAUCUCCCACUCAUCUCAUAUCUCCCACUCAUCUCAUAUCUCCCACUCAUCUCAUAUCUCCCACUCAUCUCAUAUCUCCCACUCAUCUCAUAUCUCCCACUCAUCUCAUAUCUCCCACUCAUCUCAUAUCUCCCACUCAUCUCAUAUCUCCCACUCAUCUCAUAUCUCCCACUCAUCUCAUAUCUCCCACUCAUCUCAUAUCUCCCACUCAUCUCAUAUCUCCCACUCAUCUCAUAUCUCCCACUCAUCUCAUAUCUCCCACUCAUCUCAUAUCUCCCACUCAUCUCAUAUCUCCCACUCCUCUCAUAUCUCCCACUCCUCUCAUAUCUCCCACUCAUCUCAUAUCUCCCACUCCUCUCAUAUCUCCCACUCCUCUCAUAUCUCCCACUCCUCUCAUAUCUCCCACUCAUCUCAUAUCUCCCACUCCUCUCAUAUCUCCCACUCCUCUCAUAUCUCCCACUCCUCUCAUAUCUCCCACUCAUCUCAUAUCUCCCACUCCUCUCAUAUCUCCCACUCCUCUCAUAUCUCCCACUCCUCUCAUAUCUCCCACUCCUCUCAUAUCUCCCACUCCUCUCAUAUCUCCCACUCCUCUCAUAUCUCCCACUCCUCUCAUAUCUCCCACUCCUCUCAUAUCUCCCACUCCUCUCAUAUCUCCCACUCCUCUCAUAUCUCCCACUCCUCUCAUAUCUCCCACUCCUCUCAUAUCUCCCACUCCUCUCAUAUCUCCCACUCAUCUCAUAUCUCCCACUCCUCUCAUAUCUCCCACUCCUCUCAUAUCUCCCACUCAUCUCAUAUCUCCCACUCCUCUCAUAUCUCCCACUCCUCUCAUAUCUCCCACUCCUCUCAUAUCUCCCACUCAUCUCAUAUCUCCCACUCCUCUCAUAUCUCCCACUCAUCUCAUAUCUCCCACUCCUCUCAUAUCUCCCACUCCUCUCAUAUCUCCCACUCCUCUCAUAUCUCCCACUCCUCUCAUAUCUCCCACUCCUCUCAUAUCUCCCACUCCUCUCAUAUCUCCCACUCCUCUCAUAUCUCCCACUCCUCUCAUAUCUCCCACUCCUCUCAUAUCUCCCACUCCUCUCAUAUCUCCCACUCCUCUCAUAUCUCCCACUCAUCUCAUAUCUCCCACUCCUCUCAUAUCUCCCACUCCUCUCAUAUCUCCCACUCCUCUCAUAUCUCCCACUCAUCUCAUAUCUCCCACUCCUCUCAUAUCUCCCACUCCUCUCAUAUCUCCCACUCCUCUCAUAUCUCCCACUCAUCUCAUAUCUCCCACUCCUCUCAUAUCUCCCACUCCUCUCAUAUCUCCCACUCCUCUCAUAUCUCCCACUCCUCUCAUAUCUCCCACUCCUCUCAUAUCUCCCACUCCUCUCAUAUCUCCCACUCCUCUCAUAUCUCCCACUCAUCUCAUAUCUCCCACUCCUCUCAUAUCUCCCACUCCUCUCAUAUCUCCCACUCAUCUCAUAUCUCCCACUCCUCUCAUAUCUCCCACUCCUCUCAUAUCUCCCACUCCUCUCAUAUCUCCCACUCAUCUCAUAUCUCCCACUCCUCUCAUAUCUCCCACUCCUCUCAUAUCUCCCACUCCUCUCAUAUCUCCCACUCAUCUCAUAUCUCCCACUCCUCUCAUAUCUCCCACUCCUCUCAUAUCUCCCACUCCUCUCAUAUCUCCCACUCCUCUCAUAUCUCCCACUCCUCUCAUAUCUCCCACUCCUCUCAUAUCUCCCACUCCUCUCAUAUCUCCCACUCCUCUCAUAUCUCCCACUCCUCUCAUAUCUCCCACUCCUCUCAUAUCUCCCACUCCUCUCAUAUCUCCCACUCCUCUCAUAUCUCCCACUCCUCUCAUAUCUCCCACUCCUCUCAUAUCUCCCACUCAUCUCAUAUCUCCCACUCCUCUCAUAUCUCCCACUCCUCUCAUAUCUCCCACUCAUCUCAUAUCUCCCACUCCUCUCAUAUCUCCCACUCCUCUCAUAUCUCCCACUCCUCUCAUAUCUCCCACUCAUCUCAUAUCUCCCACUCCUCUCAUAUCUCCCACUCAUCUCAUAUCUCCCACUCCUCUCAUAUCUCCCACUCCUCUCAUAUCUCCCACUCCUCUCAUAUCUCCCACUCCUCUCAUAUCUCCCACUCCUCUCAUAUCUCCCACUCCUCUCAUAUCUCCCACUCCUCUCAUAUCUCCCACUCCUCUCAUAUCUCCCACUCCUCUCAUAUCUCCCACUCCUCUCAUAUCUCCCACUCCUCUCAUAUCUCCCACUCCUCUAA